AAUGGUCUCUUUUUCAAUACUUAACGGUGCACGAGUAGUUGUACAUGCUCCUGGAACAACUGCACAUCCAGAAGCUGAAGGUUUCGAUGCUUCGCCUGGCCUUACUGUGCGAAUAGGAGUUAAGGCUAGAGAAAAUGUUAGAAUAUCUCAUCCAUGGGGUAAUUGUACAGAUGAGACAGCAAGAAUUAAAAAAUAUACACUUUUAUCCUGCCAAAACGAAUGUAUACAAAAGAGGAUAAUGGAGAAAUGUGAGUGCGUUGAUAAUAGCCUACCGCAUUCCAAUACUUCUAAAUUACCCUUUUGCUAUCAACUUCCCUCUGAGUGGUUGAAUAGGCCGCAUUGUUCCAAUGUAACAAUAGCUAAGAUGAUGACAAUUGAGGACGAUUGUCAUGAGAUAAUAAACUCUUGGUAUAGUCGUUUACAGUGCGUAACGGAUGUUUAUCAUAAUAUGACUAUAAAAGAUCCAGACGCAAUUGAUUCUUGCCAAUGUUAUCCCCCGUGUGCAGACAUCCUCUAUGAUGCCAGCUAUUCUAUAUCAAUGUUUCCACCAAAAUCAGCAGACAAUACUCUCUUCUUUUCAAAAGUUGAUGAUUUUAUUAACACCAAAUUACCUUAUGAUAAGAAGAGAAUUAUAAAAGAAAAAGUUGAAGAACAUCUCAAGGUUGAUGAUGUAUCGGCUUACGCUAACUCAAGUGUGCAAGAUUCAAAGAAUCGUACAAUUUCAGAACAAUAUUUGAAGUAUGUAGCCGAUAAGUACUUUACCAGGAUUACAAUUUACAUUGCCGAUUCAAACGUGAUUAGAACUGUAGAAUCUCCUGAUUAUGAAGCAAUUCGAUUAAUAUCUGAUAUUGGAGGUCAGUUAGGUUAG